AUGAUGCACCCAUCGAGGCAGGCGUAUGUGGAGGAAGCCGCAGACACAGAUAUGGGCAUCAGUCUCGCGGAUCUCCCCACCGACCGCGACUAUGAUCUCCCCUCCGCCGGCGCCGGAAUCGCACCGGAACGCGCCUCAGCACUCCUCUCACAAUUCGAACGCAAACGCCGCGCAGCCGCCAUCGUAGUUCCCACAGACGACACUCGCGUACGCCUACGCCUCCGCGAACUGGGUGAACCAAUCACCCUCUUCGGCGAAGGGCCAGCCGAUCGUCGAGACCGCCUAAGAGAGCUAUUGACUACAAUACAAGAACAGCAACUCGCCGGCAGCGAAGAUGUCGAUAUGAUGCGCGAGGGCACGACGUUUACGGAGACCGACGUCGCGGAGGAAGAGGAAGGUGAUCAGCAAGAAGAAUUUUAUACCGAAGGAUCGCAGGAGUUGCUCGAUGCACGAAAAAAGAUUGCAUUAUAUUCGUUGCCGAGAGCGAAGGCGCGCGUGGCAUGGCAGUUGGAGCAGUCGCAGAUCCCACUUCGAACGCAUAUUAAGCAUCGAAAAGCUGUGAAGGAGAAGUUGCAAGGUUUUGAUCUGUAUGGAUCGCAGAUUGCGGCGGAUAGACCUGUUAGUAUCACACGGUUUGCGCCGGAUGGAGAGACGAUUGCGACGGGGAAUUGGGCGGGUGGGAUCAAGUUACUUAGUGUGCCGAACUUGGAGGAGAAGUUUAGUGUUAAGGGGCAUAAUGAUAGAGUCACGGGACUGUCGUGGUUUCCGGGCGCGACAUUGUCGACGUCGAAUGUUUCGACGUCUUCGCUGAAUUUGGCUUCGGGAGGUGGGGAGGGAAAUGUCAAUUUGUGGUCGUUAGACAAGAAAGAGCCUCUGGCGACGUUGUCGGGACAUACGGAACGUGUUUGUCGAGUGGAGUUUCAUCCGUCGGGAAAAUAUUUGGCGUCUGCGUCAUAUGACACAACCUGGAGGUUGUGGGAUGUUGAGACGACAACGGAAUUAUUGUUGCAGGAGGGUCAUUCUAAAGAAGUUUAUGCAGUUUCUUUCAACUCGGAUGGGUCGUUGAUGGCCAGUGGAGGGUUGGACAGCUACGGACGAAUUUGGGACUUGCGAACGGGUCGAACGGUAAUGGUGCUUCAGGGCCACAUUCGAGAAAUCUACGGUGUAGACUGGGGGGUUGAUGGCUAUCGCGUUCUCACCGGUUCAGGGGACGGAUGGGUAAAAUGCUGGGAUCUACGCAAAGUCGACUGCAGCGGUAGCAUCGGAGCGCACAAAAGCGUCGUCUCGGAUGUUCGAUGGUAUAAAGGCGGCGAUUCAGCGCAUUCAUAUCUUCCGACUACAACAACGCAAAAUGGAGAUGGAGAUGCUAUGGAGACGGAUGGAUCACCAGAGCCGCGAAAGGCGGGCACUUUUUUUGUCAGCUCUGGUUUUGAUCGGAAUAUCAACGUGUUUAGUGCGGAUGACUGGUCAUUGGUGAAGUCGUUGAGCGGUCAUUCGGAUAAGGUGCUGAGCGUGGAUAUUAGUCCUGAUGCGAAGUGGAUUGCGAGUUCCAGUCAUGAUCGCACAGUCAAACUUUGGGGUAUCGAAUAA